AAUGUUAAAUAUCAGCUCAAACACCUCAACGACAGGAAGCUCUAUCAUCAGCUUGCUCUGCACCACUGUGGUGUGUGUGUGUGUGUGUGUGUGUGUGUGCGCGUGUGUGUGAGUGAUGCCUUUGCAAAUGAUCUGCCUUCGUUAAGGUGGGAAGUCAGUCUGUGACGUGACUUACAAAGCCUUACACACUUUAGCAGCACAUGUCUUCGAUACACGCCGAAGCUUUACAGAUCUUGUCGGUUUGUCUGUAAUCUUGGUUUUGUUGCUCUGUGGCAAAAUGUGUUCUUCAUAAAAUCUAAAGCUAAAGACAUGACAAUGCUUGCUGAACUGGCCCGUCACUAACAUCAGCAACUUCUGUCAACAGAAAAGCAAAUAUGGGGAAUUGUGGCUCUUUUGAUCCUGAUGACGAAUUCUCCUACCAUCCAGAUGAAUGGUGUGAUCAAUGUAACUGCCCAAAGCCUCCAUCCAGUCAAAUACAGCAGAACUAUGAUCCUCUGAUUCCUUAUCCAUCCCAGUACACACCUCCACCAUCAUCUCCUCUUCCAGAGAACCUGGUGGUAGCCUUAUACAAAUAUGAGCCGUGCCACAGCGAUGACCUUGGGUUUGAGAAAGGGGAGAAGCUAAAAAUCCUAAAUGAAGAUGAUCCUGACUGGUUCAUGGCGGAGUCUCUGUUUACCGGGCAGAGGGGAUACAUACCACAGAAUUUUGUAGGGAAACUGAACAGCAUGGAGACAGAACCGUGGUUCUUUAAAAACCUUUCCAGGAACGACGCCAUGAGGCAAUUACUGGCCCCCGGUAAUACGCAGGGCUCCUUCCUCAUUAGAGAGAGUGAGACCACACCAGGUAGUUUCUCCCUGUCAGUGAGAGACCUGGACCACACACAGGGUGACAUCAUCAAGCACUACAGAAUUCGCAACCUGGACGCGGGCGGAUUCUACAUCACCACCAAGAUCUCCUUCAGCUCCCUCUCAGAGCUGGUCAAACAUUAUUCACGAGAGGCCGAUGGCCUAUGCACUCGCCUGGUGAAGCCGUGUCAAACCCGAGCCCCUCAGAAGCCCUGGUGGCAGGAUGAGUGGGAAGUGCCCCGUGAGUCUCUCAUACUGGAGCGCAGACUGGGCCAGGGGCAGUUUGGUGAAGUAUGGAUGGGGCUGUAUAACAACAACCGUCGAGUGGCUAUCAAGAGUCUCAAGACAGGUACCAUGUCCAUCAGCGCUUUCCUGGCUGAGGCGAACCUGAUGAAGGCCCUGCAGCACCCUCGACUGGUGCGACUUUUCGCUGUGGUUACGCAGGAGCCCAUUUACAUCAUCACUGAGUAUAUGGAGAACGGUAGCCUGGUGGAUUUUUUGAAGACUCCAGAAGGAUGUGCUAUACCCAUCAAUACGCUGAUCGAUAUGGCUGCUCAGGUCGCAGAUGGAAUGGCUUACAUAGAGCAGAAGAACUACAUCCACAGAGACCUGAGAGCUGCCAACAUUUUGGUGUCUGAUGAACUCAUCUGCAAGAUUGCGGACUUCGGCCUCGCCCGCCUCAUUGAAAAUAACGAAUACACUGCCAGAGAAGGUGCAAAGUUUCCUAUCAAAUGGACGGCACCUGAGGCCAUAAACUACGGCACCUUUUCAAUCAAAUCAGACGUCUGGUCGUUUGGAGUACUGCUGACUGAGAUUGUUACCUAUGGAAGAAUCCCAUAUCCAGGAAUGACAAACCCAGAGGUGAUUGCAAAUCUUGAGAGAGGGUACCGCAUGCCUUGCCCCGAUAACUGCCCCGAGGACCUAUAUGAUAUCAUGAAACACUGUUGGACAGAGAACCCAGACAAUCGACCCACAUUUGAGUAUCUGCGCAGUGUUCUAGAGGACUUUUUCACCGCCACAGAGAGACAGUACCAGGAGCAGCCCUGCUGAAAAAAAUUCUCUUAGUAAACGUACAGUCCACGGGCUCACAUUAAAGACUUGUAUUGAAAAAUAUUCCAAAAUACAGUUCAAGUCAUCUUAAGUUAAGUGAAAAAACUGAGAUUUUAUGUCUUCUAAUUGAAAUGUUUUCUAUAAUAAUCAUUAACUGUUCAAACAUGGAUUUUGCCUUAGCUUUGUCCAACAGUGUGAAACAGGUGCAUGUAUAGUUUUUUUAGCAGAUGGAAUUUUUUAUUAUUUUUUUUUAAUUACAAACUCAACAGGAAAAUCUUUGGCUACAGUUGUAAUCUUAAUGAAUGAGUGAAUGCUUUCCUUUAUGUUUUCCCCUUGAGCUUUUAUUAUUUCUUCAUUCUGCUCUCAGAUUUGUGUUUAUUUUUUAUAUAAGCAUAUAUAACUGCAUCAUGAAAUAUUGAGCCAGUAAAACAGUCCAAGAGAUAAA